AUGCCAGAGCCACAAGUUAAUUCGAAUAAGACGAAGGUUUUUUGAAUUUUCGAGUUUGAAGAAGGUUUUUUCGUUUUCCAGUCCGACACGACGCAGGAAAAGAAGUUGAAGCCGUGCUGCGCGUGUCCCGAAACGAAAAGGGUGAUUUUGAGGGAAAUAUUACUUGAGAACCCUUUUUUAUAGUUUAUUAUUGAUUUGAUUGAAAUUGAAAGAAUAAAUGAGUCUUUUUACAAAGGCAAAGUCGGAAGGACCCUCCGAGGGUCCAUAAAGGCUUCAUAGAUUGUUCCUUUUAGGGUAAUGAAGGCUCCAUUUUUGCUGCCUUUACGCGCCAUUUCAUCGGCUCUUUUGCACCAUGUUUGCUGCCUCUACCUUUUUCCACCCUUUCUUAAGCCUUUCAAACCCAGAAAAAAAAAAUAAAAGGCUCAAUAAAGGGUCUCUUUUUGCUGCCUUUCUGCGACCUUUUUUGAGCCUCUCCCUUUAGCGGUCGUUAUCCACCAUUCCGACUUUGCUCGUGUUUGUACUUUUUUUUUCUCCGAAAUUUUCGAAAGGGAUUUUUUUUAGCUUUUAAAAUUGCUUUUUAGUGUAUCUUGUGUUAAUAGAGGCAGGAUAACCUUCAAUUUUGUCUACUUCAAAAUAGUUUUGUUUUCUAGAUUCGAGACGCUUGUAUUAUGGAAAAUGGAGAGGAGAACUGCGGAAAAUUGAUCGAAGCCCACAAACAGUGCAUGAGGGACGCCGGUUUCAAUGUCUGAAACUUUAAAAGCAAAUUAGAUUUAGCUUCAAUUGUUUGAAUUUUUUGUUUUUUUUUUGUUUGAAAAACAGCCUUUGUUACUUCGUUUGUGUCUUAGUUUGUUAGCUCAUAGCUUUAACCUUAAUAAAAUCGGUUUUUUUUUCGUGUUUCAGAAGGAAAGGUGUAUAAUCACUGUGCUUAAUAUUGUAUCUUUUUCUUGAAUUUAUAUAUCUUUUCCUGAUUCGAGUUCAGAUGGUGAAUAUAGCUGAACGAGGUCAGACCUUGCACAAAGAUAUCAAUCAACUUUAUUCGAAGAGUCGGCAGAAAAUUGAUGAAGCUUUAGGGUGGGCCAAGAAUCUAUUCGGAGAUAUAUCAAAUUUAGGUCAAAAAAAAAGAAAGACAGGAAAAUAGAAAAUUUUUUUUUGAGAACCUUCAGAAGAAGCUGAAAAGGUUCCGCAGAAGCUCCAAAAAUGAUGUGAAAAGCUUCUUUUUCAUAGCCUCAGAGGAUUCUUUCUGAAUCUUAGGGAACCUUUUUAGUUGCUUUUUGACAUAUUUUUACUGAAGGAUGCGAGAAAUAGCAAAAAAAUAUCUGUUGAGUACCCUUAAAAAGUCGCAUAGGCAAAGUCGGAAAGACCCUUCACGGGCCCUUUGAGCGUCUGUUUCCAUUAAUUGUUCCUAAACGGGUGGCAAAGGUUUCCUUUUUACUGCCUUUUUGCGUCCUUUCAUCGGCUUUCAUCCACCCUUUUUGGACCCUUUGGAGAAAUACAAUUUUUUUUUAAAAUUAGGAAUAAUUUUUACAAGGGACUGUGUAUGAACCAAAAUAUGCAACAGUAAUGAAAUCGGAAAUUAUCAAUAGAAGAAAAUUUCAGGACCCUUUUGCACCCUCACUCUUUCUUCACCCUUUUUGCGGCCUCUCCCUUUUUUCGCUCUUUUAUGACCCUUUUUAACCCACCAAAAAUGAAAGGCUCAAUAAAGGCCAUAAAAAGGGAACCUUUUAGCGGCCAUUUUGCAGUCACUCCCUUUUUGCACCCGUUUUCCGCACUUCCGACUUUGGCAGUGCGUUCGAAAAAGUUUUCGAGGAGCUUUUCCGUUUUUAUUGAAAAUUUGUCAAGAAAAUAAUUUCCAUGAGCGAUUCCUUGCCAGGAAAUUUCAGAUUUUCAAGUAUUUGUGAUAAUUUUCUGAAAAGCUUUCGAGGACAGAAGUGUGUUAGUAAAACCCCGAAAAAAUUUUUUUUCCUGUCAAGUUUAUGUCCGGUAUUUUUGAAGGUUAAACGCCAAUGGAAUAAUUGAACAUGCAGCCCAAGUCAAGGAAAUCCAGACGAUCCUCAGGGAAAUGCAGGCGAAAAUUAAUUCUCUACGAGAAUUGGCCGCCAGGGUUGGUUUUAGAAGAAUAUUUUUGUUUUGAAUUCUUGAAUAAACUUUAAAUUUUGAAAGAAAUUUGCUUUCUUUAAAUUUUUUUUUUUGUUGAAAUGCACUUUUCCAUAUUUAGAGUAGAAAAUAUUUUCCAUUCCUAAAAAAAAGUUGUUUUGGAAUAACUACUUUUUUAAAAAUUGAGAGAAGAUUGUAUCACCAUUUUUUGAGUUUAAUAGUUUAGCUUGAGAAUGGUUUCUCGGUUUCCAGGCGGAUAAAAACGAGGUGCAAACAGAAAUAUUGGUUAACGUCGGCGCCCACGAAAAGCAGCUUGCCAAGUUGCAAAGAGAACUUCGGGACAGUUCCAUUGAAGUUCGGAAGGAAAUUGGUUCGAUUUUCAUCUCACAAAAACCGAAAUGAAUUGAUUUUUUUAGCCGCCGAAGAACGAAAAGCACUGCUUCAAGGAAUGUCAACGGGAAAGAAAUCAAUAAAUCUUGAAUCCACGGGUCCUCGACAGGUUUCAUUUUUCAGGAAGAAAAUUAAAAUUUUGAGAGUAUAAAUUAGUUGGGCUUUAAACGUGUAUAUAGUUCCAUAAAAUCAAAAACACCUGAAAAGAAAUAUUUUUGAGACAUUCUGCAAGUUAAUGCCGAGUUCAAAGUGAUCCCACAAAUUUUUGAAACGCAGUCAGAGAAGAAAAAAGAUAAGUUAUUUCUGGAGAGUCAGAAAUAAUUUCGAACUUUGCGGAAUUUAAUUUGCACGCCGCGUAAAAUGAAACAGGAACUUGAAUGGAAAAUAUUGAAUUUUCUUAAUUUCUUUUUCUGGUUAUUUACUUAAAAAAAUUUGGGAGCGGAUUAAUUUUUUCCAGAGAUCGACAAGAAUGAGUGAAUUGGUGACGAGAAUGGCCGAAAGAGUGACGCAAAGCGAAAAUACAAUGGGAAAUCUCGUCCAUUCCUCUUCGGUUCUGUCUCAGACACAGACCGAGUACGAAAAUCAGGCCGGACAUAUUCGGGUUCGUCUUUCCUUGACAUUUUUCAUUCUUCGCUCAUGUUCUUGUAAGCUCAUUUUAGCCCGAGUUUCGAAUUUUGAAAAGCUUUUUUUUCCACAGAGUUUUAAGAAGGUGAUGAGGAGUUUUUGGUGAAAAGGAAUGAAAUAUAAGAUAAAUCGAUCAAGUUUUAUGUUAUAUGUCUUUUUGAUUUUCCAAUCUGAACAAAAAAAAUAAGAGAUCACUAAAGGAAUCAUUCAAGCUUUAGAGCCUUAGGGUAUGAAUUUUAAACCCUAUAGGGACCACCUAAAACUAAAACCUAAAGGGCUUGUUUUUCCCUGAUCCCUAGAGACACCUCUCUAGAGUUCCAUUAGCUUUCACGUAAAAGGGCGUGGUCAGCCAAUCAGAAACUUUUGAAGCAAAAUCAUCAUUUUUUGGAUUAUUUCAUAAUCGAAGUUUAACUUUGUCCCUUUUCAGACAAGCAGCAAACUUUUGUCGAAAUACGAGCGACGAGAACUCACCGACAAAAUUCUCCUUAUAAUCGCCUUGAUCUUCUAUUUCGCUGUUGUUUAUUAUAUUCUGCAGAAACGGGUUCUCACCUGGUUUUGGAUUUUCUGA